ACCCAAAACACAAGGUGAAGAGAUAGAGAGAGAAAGUAAAACAAUAACAAAUAAUAAUUAUAUGAUUAAGAAUGAAGAAAAGCCAUUAAAGCUGUACGCCUUCCUUCUCCCCAUCAUAUCAUAAUCGCACAUGGAUUUCUCAUUCUCAUUUUCAUUCUUCAAUCCUUUCUAGGGUUUCAUCUUCCAGAUCUACUCUCUCUCCUUCACCAUUUCUCCUUCAAUCAGGGAUUUAGGUUACGCGAUUGAUCUGCAUUCACGAUAACCGGUUGAAUUCUCGAGAUUCAUUCGAUCUGAAUCGUAAUUGUGUUUGAAAACAUUCCGAUUAUUCGUUCGAAUUGAAGUUUUUGAUUAUUAUUAGUGUUAUUGGAGGAUAUAUUUUGAAGGAAAGUUGGCGCCGCAACGUCGAUCACAGCGCCACAUGGGCGGCGGCCAGAUGCAACAGAGAAAUGCGGCUUCUCUGUAUGAUCAACCUGCAGACGGUAAUGCAGGUCCUGCUAGUGAUGCUGGAGAUGCCGUCAUGGCGAGAUGGCUCCAGUCUGCAGGUUUACAGCAUCUGGCCUCGCCUGUGGCGGCAUCUAAUGGUGUUGAUCAACGCCUUCUACCAAAUCUUCUCAUGCAGGGCUAUGGAGCACAAUCUGCCGAAGAGAAGCAAAGGCUUUUUAAACUAAUGAGGAACCUUAAUUUUGGUGGUGAAUCUGGUUCUGAGCCCUUCUCUCCUACAGCCAAAGGUUCGGGAGGAAUUGGUGCAUCAGAUGGAUUUUAUUCACCUGAUUUCAGAGGUGAUUUUGGAGCAGGGCUAUUGGAUUUACAUUCUAUGGAUGACACUGAACUUCUUACAGAGAAUGUUUUUUCAGAACCAUUUGAGCAAUCAUCUUUUAUUCCUGCUAUUCCUAAAGCAGUUGACGACUAUGAUGUUCUACCCAGCCGGCAGCAAAGAGGACAAGCAGAUAUAGAUGCUUCUUAUGGAUUACCUACACUUGAAAAAGAAAUCAGUUCAAGGGAAAAUAAUGUGGCUAAGAUUAAAGUUGUGGUGCGUAAAAGACCACUGAAUAAGAAGGAACUUGCUCGUAAGGAGGAUGAUGUUGUGAGUGUAUGUGCAAAUGCUCUAACCGUCCAUGAACCCAAGCUAAAGGUCGACCUGACUGCUUAUGUGGAGAAACAUGAAUUCUGUUUUGAUGCUGUUCUUGACCAGCAAGUAACCAAUGAUGAGGUUUAUCGCGAAACUGUACAGCCAAUCAUCCCCAUAAUAUUUCAAAGGACCAAAGCAACUUGUUUUGCUUAUGGUCAGACAGGAAGUGGUAAGACAUAUACAAUGCAACCAUUACCUCUUAGAGCUGCAGAAGAUCUUGUGAGAUUAUUACAUCAACCAACUUAUCGUGAUCAAAAGUUCAAGCUAUGGCUUAGUUACUUCGAGAUCUACGGUGGAAAACUCUAUGAUCUGCUGAGUGAUAGAAAGAAACUUUGCAUGAGAGAAGAUGGAAGGCAACAAGUUUGCAUUGUUGGAUUGCAAGAAUUUGAAGUGUUAGAUGUACAGAUUGUUAAAGAAUACAUUGAAAAAGGGAGCAAUGCUAGAAGUACGGGAUCUACCGGGGCUAAUGAGGAAUCUUCAAGAUCGCAUGCAAUAUUACAACUAGUUGUUAAAAAACACAAUGAGGUAAAGGAUACCAGAAGGAAUAGUAAUUAUGAUGCCAAUGAAUCCAAGAAUGGGAAAGUUGUUGGGAAAAUCUCGUUCAUUGAUCUUGCUGGCAGUGAAAGAGGUGCUGAUACAACUGAUAAUGACCGACAAACACGGAUUGAAGGUGCUGAAAUCAACAAGAGUCUUUUGGCUCUUAAAGAGUGCAUUCGUGCACUUGACAACGACCAGAUUCAUAUCCCGUUUCGUGGAAGUAAACUAACUGAAGUUCUUCGUGAUUCGUUUGUCGGGAAUUCAAGGACUGUCAUGAUAUCCUGCAUUUCACCAAAUGCUGGCUCUUGCGAACACACUCUCAAUACCUUAAGAUACGCUGAUAGAGUUAAAAGUCUUUCAAAAAGUGGAAAUUCCAAAAAAGAUCAAGUUGGAAGUUCACAAACAGUUAAUAAAGAAUCUGCAUCAGCAAAUAUGCUAGUUUCUUCUGAUGUAGAUGACACUUACGAGCAACAUCAAGAAGCAAAAUCUAUGGAUGCAAGUAAACGGGCCCCACAAAGAUCUUACAAUGCCACAUCAGAUUUUGAGAAACAACCUCCUCCAAGCUCUUCAAAUUAUUCCUUCAAUGACACUGGCUUCGAUAAGGAGAAAGUUGAUGUAAAAAGUACUUAUAGUGGCUCGAACAAUCAGAAAGUAUACUCGAGGCCAAGUUCUGUUGAAAAAGAAGAAACAGUGCAGAAGGUAUCACCACCACGAAGAAAGAGUUAUAAAGAAGAAAAGUUAGAAAGGGAUAUUAAUUGGAACAAGAAAGAUAACGGUAAUGAAAAAUCCGAGAAAUUUGGGUGGUUAAAACGAGAGGGUAAUAAUACCGACAUUCCAACCGUGAGUAGUAAGCAACAAGGAUCAAGUAUUCCCAAUGCUAGUUAUACGGCAUCAAAACAGUCGGAACCCGAGCAGCUUCAUGAUGAGAAUGUCAAUGAAAUACUUGAGGAAGAAGAAGCUUUAAUUGCAGCUCACAGGAAAGAGAUUGAAGAUACGAUGGAGAUAGUGCGUGAAGAAAUGAAAUUGCUGGCGGAAGUUGACAAACCAGGCAGCCUUAUUGACAAUUACGUGACCCAAUUGAGUUUUGUGCUGUCACGCAAAGCAGCAAGUCUUGUGAGCCUUCAAGCUCGACUUGCUAGAUUCCAGCACCGACUCAAAGAGCAGGAGAUUCUCAGCCGUAAAAUAGCUCCUCGUUGAUGCAAAUGGACGGGCCGGGUUAAAACUGGUAAUUCUAUGUUGUGGAAACCAGUGCAUGGUGGAUGAUGAUGUGGGUGUGGGUAUUUAACCGGGUUAAAUCUGAGAGACGUGUAUUGAUUUGAAUGAUGUUGUGGGAGAAUUUGGGUUGCAAAAGACUUGUGCUAGACAGAGAGAAGUGGAAAAGAAAUAGAAAAAAAAAAAAAAAAAAAAACUAGUGUUGGUGGUGGUUUUUAUAUGUAAUAUUGAAUUACAGCUUCCAACACAAAACACAAACUAAUGCUCCUCUCACUGCAAGACUUUUGUUUUUUUAUUUUGUUAUAUGUAAAAAUGAAAAAUGCAUGAGAAUGAGAGUAUGAUUCACUGAACUUUUGUUAUUUACUUUGUUAUAUGUAUAAAAUCAAACUGAUUUGUAUUUGUU